GAGAGAAAGAGCCAGGCCUGGGGUGCGUGCGUGCGUGCGUGCGAGGGUGCGUGCAUUUGAGCGAGAGGCGUGCGCCUGACUCGUUGGACCGGCAAGAAAACCGAAUCCGACUGCAGAGGGCGAGUCAGUCACUCCGUCUGCCUUUGCCCAGCCCAGUACGUAGGUGCAGCCCAGCAGCGAGAGCGAAAGCCCAGCGACGAGUGGUACAGAACGGUCGAGGGCGAAAGAGAGAGAGAGAGAAAGAGAGAAGAGAGACGCAGCGCAUCCCCUUGUUUCCAGGAUUAGCCGAUCGCACACGUCCCCAUCUCUUCCUUCCCCCCUCCUCACAAGAUCGAGGCCAAGUCGAGGACAAGUUGAGACCAGGUCGAGACCGAGCCGAGGACAGCAAGGGUAGGCGGAGGAGGACGAGAGAGCGCGUGUGAGUGGGAGGACGAAGAGGAAGAAGAAGAAGAAGAAGAAGAAGAAGAAGAAGAAGGACGACGACGACUACUACGACGAUGGCUGCGCGCAUCGUGCCCGGCGCACCCCCGCCGAGCGCCGCGGCCAAAAAGGCAAAGAAGAGGGCUGCCGCAGCUGCCUCGUCGACGGCCACGAGCAACGGCGGCAUCCACGAGGCGGCCACAGCAGCCGCGCUGGCCACCAAGGCCCCUGCGGCCGGAGAUAGCGUCGACGGGAGCGUCCAGGUGCCCGCGCAGGAUCUCGACGAGGAGGCCUCCAAGCCAGGCCAGACUGCCACCGAGAAUGGCUCGUCGCCGUCGCACAAGAGCCCGCUGCAGGCCGUGCUGGCCAAGAGGAUCAAGGUGCUGAACAAGAAGCUGCAACGCAUCGCCACGUACGACACGACGGACCUGGGCAAGCUCAACGCCGACCAGCAGCGCGCAUUUGCGUCCAAGGGCGGCAUCGAGAUGAGCGUCUUUGAGCUCAGCGAGGCCCUCAAGGGUGUCCAGAUCGCCGAGGCAGAGGCCAAGAAGCAGGCAGAUGCGGCGCAGCAGGAGGCCGUCGAGGCAGCACAGGCGCGCGAGCAGGCCUCGUUCUCGCUCCUCUUUGAGCUCGUCCGUCUCUUCAACCUCUUUUCGCCCCCCGGCCCACCAUCGUUUGCCCCGCCUGCGUACCCGCGCGUGCUCGACAGCGCCACGGGCCAGGACAAGGCCGCGGUCAGCAAGCUCUACUACGACUUUGCUGCGUCGACCGAUGUCAUUGGCCAGGCCGACAAGUUUGCGCUCCUCGCCAAGCUCAGCGCCGCCUCGCACGAGAGCGUCAUCGAGGGCGUCUCCUACCAGCGGAUCCACGAGCUGCUCCAGCGCAUCUCUGGCUCCGGCUCUGCUGCUUCCAUCUCAGAGCAGGAGCAGGAGCAGGAGCAGGAGUCGGAGCCGGUGCCCGAGCCAGUGCAGGUGCAGGAGACGGCGCCAGCGCAGGAGGAGCCGAUCCUCGAGCAGGCCCCUGCGCCUGUCAAUGGCCACCACGCUGGCCUUGGCGGCAUCCACUUUAUGCAGGCCUCGGAGAUCGACAAGGACGAGGGCGGGGAGGCACACAACCAGGAGGUGCCGCUGGAGGUGCAGCAGGCCGAGCCCGAGGGCGGCGCCGUCGAGUCGGUGCCCGCUGCCGUCGUCGAGGGAGGCGCGACGGACAAGGGCGAGAGCGCAGCCAAGGGCACUCUCGUAGGCGAUACCAGUGCCCACAACGGCCAGGGCGGCGCUGACGGCACGGCCAACGCAGAGGUGCUCGAGCCCGUCAACACGACGCAGGUCGUCGACGGUCCCAAGAAGACGGCCGCCGAGCUGUUCAGAGCCGGGCCUCGCACCUUUGACUGGGCCGCUGCCGACGACGACGACCUCGGCGACCUGGACCUGCAGCCUGCAGCGGCGACGCAGGCCCACGCGAUUGCGCAGGCACCUGCUUCGAAGCCCGCUGCCUCGGCCGCGGCCACGUCUGACCCGGCUACCGUCAAUGGAGACGAGGCCAAGACGACGCGCGGCAAGGCUGUUGAACAGAAGCAGCAGCAGCAUCAGCAGCAGGCGUCGCCCGUGGUGCCCGUGACGCACGCAAAGAAGGCGCCCGAGGUGGACGAAGAUGGAUUCGUGGUGGCGAGCAGCAAGCGGACAAAGAUGCUGCAGGAGCGCAUGGAGAGGGAGGCCGCCGGUGCCAGGGGUGGCCGAGGUGGUGGACGUGGUGGCGGAGCAGGACGAGGCGGCGGCGGGGGAAGCAGCAGCAGUGGCGGCGGAGAGCGCAGGGGCGGAGGGGCGGGUGCCAAUGGCGACAGGCGCCCGCGACUGAGCGGCGAGGGCGGCCAGGGCAAGGGCCCGUUGCGCGGCGGCGGCGGCGGCAGGGGACGCUACCCAAGGGCCAAUGGCACCGGUCGCGGAGGCGGUCCCUCGACGGAGCAGGCUGCCUGAGUGGCGGGAUGCCUGGAUGGACACCGGUGUCCGCAUUACACAAAAGGAGGCUCAUCCUCAUGAUCACAGAUGGACAGAGUCUUGUCCUCACACACACAGUAUCUCUCUCUCUCGCAUUCCCUAUCACUACACCUCCCUCUGUCCCUUCUCCCUCUCUCUCUGUCCUCGCACACUAGUCGACUCUGUGGAUGGAUAGGAUCACUCUGCGGAU